GGCCGCGGCCGUUCAACCCAAGCUCUCAAGUCGACAGCUGCAUUCCGUGCGUAGCAGGCUAGCAGCGUAGGGGGCAGAACGCCGGCGGCAAGAAACCCCAGCCACGCCACUCCUCUUUGCCGGACCACCGCUGCUCGCGCACUCCGAGAGGCCGGACGAGAUGUGCACCGCUGGCGCGUCCCUUCUGCUGCUCCCGCUCCACCCGCCACUCCCUACCGCGUCCGCUCUCCACUCCCUCCCACGCCGCGGCGCGCGCCUCCAGCUCCGCCUCGCGGCCGGGCGCCGCGAGACGCCCCCGCCCGUGCCCUCCGACGAGCUCGAAUGCGUCGGCACGGGCACGGAGGUCGAGUGCUUCGUGGAAGACGACGACGAUAGCUCCGUCGCGGCGGAGGAUGGGUACGUCGCCCCCUCACUGGCGCUCGGCGGGAGGGAGUGGUGGGAGUGGGCGUCGCUGGUGUCGCCUUUCUUCUUCUGGGGCACGGCCAUGGUGGCCAUGAAGGGGGUCAUACCCAAGACGGGCCCCUUCUUCGUCGCCGCGCUCCGCUUGAUACCCGCGGGCGCGCUCGUCGUCGCCUUCGCCGCCGCGCGCGGUAGGAAGCAGCCCUCCGGGUGGGCCGCCUGGGGCGCCAUCGCCGCCUUCGGCCUCGUCGACGCCGCCUGCUUCCAGGGCUUUCUCACGGAGGGCUUGCAGAAGACAUCGGCUGGGCUUGGAAGCGUCAUUAUUGACUCUCAACCGUUGACGGUUGCAGUCCUUGCAGCACUAUUCUUUGGAGAGUCUAUCGGCGCGAUAGGAGUUGGAGGGCUCGUACUGGGUGUCGUUGGGCUUUUGCUCCUUGAGGUUCCAGCAUUGUCAGUUCAAGGAAACGACACAACAGUCUGGGGAAGUGGAGAAUGGUGGAUGUUCCUCUCGGCUCAAAGCAUGGCUAUCGGCACUAUCAUGGUUCGUUGGGUAUCAAAGUAUUCUGAUCCAAUCAUGGCAACAGGAUGGCACAUGGUAAUAGGUGGGAUACCUCUGUUGGUAAUAUCUGUUCUUAAUCAUGAUCCUGCUCUUAAUGGACAUAUUCAAGAGCUUACAUGGAGUGACAUAUCAGCGCUGGGUUAUACGUCAAUAUUUGGAAGUGCUGUCAGCUAUGGUGUCUACUUCUACAAUGCUACAAGAGGUAGUUUGACCACACUUAGCUCUCUCACUUUCUUAACUCCUAUGUUUGCCUCCAUUUUUGGGUUCCUCUAUCUAGGGGAAACCUUCUCACCUGAGCAGAUCGGUGGCGCACUUCUGACAUUGCUUGCCAUCUAUAUGGUUAACUACAAGAGCAUUGUUGGUGAGAAGUAAUAGGCUGUUGCAAUCUUCUUGUGAGAUUCUGUCACAGAUGGGUACUGCACUGAAGCACCUGUAAUGGAGCUGUACAAGAAUUUGAAUAGUACAUAGUGCUGAACAUCCCAACAAUUUGCAGCUUGAAGUGGCAUGGAGCAUGUGCAUUACUCCACAUUUCGGCCGAGAGAUGGUGUGAGCUGGUGAAAAAAAGUUCUGUGACCUGUAAACACAAUUAGAUGGUUCACAUUAUAUCUCCUGCUUUGCAAGCUACUGAGGCUACGAAGGAUAAAACCAGCUUUUCUCAGCUUUCUUCAGUGCAGCUUUAAAGGGAAAAGGAACGCUUGUAUGGUGUCAUAUGGUUCACAUCAUAGCUGAUGCAGUGAUGCGUUGUAGGGUAUCAAACAGAGAAGUUGUACAAAUAGUUAGUUGUAUAUAGACUAUGGGUCUUUCGAAAACUUUCUCACCUGAUGGAUAUAAAGCUUGUCGUCAUCAUGAGAACAGAAUGCACGUAAACCCACACGUGUUCCAGUCUAAAUCAAUCAUAUUUCGGUUGAAUUUCAGGGUUAACCAA